CUUUGGCCAGUCCAAUUCUAGCGGUUAUGGCGCGCGCGCGCGUCAAAUUCGAAAAUAUUUGCCGCGUAUGGGAAUUAAAAAAAAUAAUAAUUUAAUAAUGGAAUGUUAUCGAAAAGUUUUCGAUUACCUAUCGUGCAUUGUGAAUUAUAAGUUGGUCUCACAUUCUAUUUUUGAAUUGCGCGCCCUUUUCAAUUUCGAUACUUUGGCGUAUACAAUGGGAUCUGCACACACAGAAGAAACUAAAUACAUUCCAAAUUCAUGAAUUUUAUUCUUGCAUCCAAGACCUAAGAGAGAUGCUACACAUAAUGCGGCAUAGCGUAUUCAAGGGCCUGAAGGUCAUAGACUUCCGCCUCAGCAACAAGGUCUUACAGAACGAACUCGACGAGGCGGUCCUAAACCUUCACGUCCAGGAGCUAGACAACAGAAACACCACCUUCGACCCCGAAGAGUUGUUCACGCUAAACCUUCAAGUGAGCAGGGUGACGCGAAACAGUCAGGGUGGGAAGGCGUCGGUACUGUACUCUGAAAAUUCGGUUACGAUGACAAGAAGAGAUUUGAAAUUAGGGAAGUGGUUGAAAGUGAACGUGACGACGAUGGUGGAGGAGUUCUGUAGGCUGCCCAGGGAGAGUUUAGCUAUAGUUGCGAGAGUACAAGACUCGAGCGAUCGGAUUGGACUAGUCGUACCACAUCCGAGCUCGGAAUCAAAUCAUGCAUUGAUGCCAUAUAUAGAAGUAAGUCUCAAGGACAACACGCAUAAGCGCACACGGCGUACCGUCGUCAUGGACUGCACGGAGAGCACCAAGGAAGUCCGCUGCUGCCGCUAUCCCCUCGUCGUGAACUUCGAAGAGUUCGGCUGGGAUUGGAUAAUAGCUCCGAAAUUUUACAACGCUAACUAUUGCAGCGGGGAAUGUCCGUACAGCUUCCUGCAGAAGUACCCUCACACGCAUCUGAUACAUCUAUCCUCGCCCCAGGGCAGCGUGGGCCCGUGUUGCGCGCCGAGGCGGAUGACCAGCAUCUCGAUGUUGUAUUUCGACCACAACUCCAACAUAAUAUAUGGGACGAUCCCCGGCAUGGUUGUCGAGAGCUGUGGUUGCUCAUAGCUGAGGGUUUUGUACUGGCUUCGAGUGUUCAAUCCAUUAUUAACAUCUUAAUAAAUUUUAACGUAUUUUUUUUUAAAUUCGAUUCGUUUCCAGUACGCUAGUUAAUGGUUUUAAUUGAAAUUCUUAACGGUGAAAUCUGUGUAUUUUCUUUCCUUUUCAUCGAACUGUCCCUGGAGUUUUAGUUAGUUCUUGUCUCUCUUUCUUUCUAUACUUGUCUUAGUUGUGACAGUGAAAUAGAAAUAAAUACAAUAUGGCGUCUGACAAUCAAAAAUUUAGGGGAAUUAAAUGAUUAAUUUUCUGAUAUUUCAACAAUACGUCAAUAGAACAGAUACGCGCGUUCCAUUUUUUUCUACAUCAAUUUUAUAUUACCAUAUUACUUUUUAGUAUGUCAAGCACUCGUGGCCAAGUGUAGUGUUUAUAUCUUUGUGAUAAAUUCUGUUGAAGACUGGUAAACCGUAUGUGUUGAGUGUGGCGAGAGUGAAAAAAACUUAUUAUUGAAAAUUUAUUUCUGGUUUGUGUCUACGUUUUAGUUUAAAUGAUACUGUCGUUUUAUUCAUUAAAUUUCGCAUGCCUUUCCCUUUUUAAUCGAAAAAUAAUAAUAGUAAUAUUUUUAAAUCGAUUUUUUUUUUUAGUAGUUUUUCUUCGAACUCUCAUUAGUUGUGUUAAUUGAUACAUUAUAAUCAUUAUUUAUUUUUAAUUUUCUAAAACAAAUCGUAUCAGUUAAUAGAAUUAAAUCAAUAUACUUGAACUUAUUUUAUAACGAAAUGACCUCUUAACAUCUGUUGAAGAUAGCUACAAAAGUUCAGAGUAUGAUAGUUUAUCUUUUUUUAACGCAAAUGUACUAAGAACCACUUCGAUACUCAGUAAUGGCAUUUAUUUUUUCUUUAAGUCUUAAGCUCUAUACUUUAAGACUUAUUUUUAAUUACUAAUAAAAACGAAGAAGCAAAUUAUCGAAGUAACAAUUUUAUUGGUUAUCUAAAUGUUUUUUUGUUUUUUUUUUUUGUUUUAAAAGCAAUCAAUUUAAUAACAAUUACUUACGGAAUAACGGAGAUAAAAGCAUGAAGUCACUUCGGAUUAGCGUGUCCAUUAAAAACGUUUUAUUUUUCUCUAUGGUCCAAAAUGGCUGAUCGAACUAUGACAACUUUCAAUUUAUUAUUGCAUUACGUGUCCUGUAUUGUCGCAUUUUGUUUUUAUUAUUACCUAUGUUCUUAGUAUGCUAUCAUUAAAUUUUCACAUUCACUUUAGCUUAUAAUUUUAGCUUUACGUAAAUCGAUGUCUUAUGUACUUGUCAAAUUUCAUUACACUUUGGAUCUCGCUCAAAAUUAUAUGUUUUACGUUUUAAAAAAAAAAAUCUUCUCGGAAUAGGUUUUAGCGGGUAGUGCUUAAAAUACGACGAUUUUAAAAGAUGUUAAUGAAGUACCUACCCAUAAUUUUUAGACGUAUUAUUUUGGCGUAACAGGGAACCGGACGUGUUUUAUUUUUCAUACAAACUAAUACUAUGUAGGCUGGAAGUAUCUAUUAAUCGUGACGUAUUUUGGUGCCGGUGACGAAACAACUAUUGAACCCACAUAAAGUUUUGGAACGAAGUUCCUUAUCGCGCGUUGUGAAAGGGGGCUAAACGGAAAAAAUUCUUACGAAAAGUUGUCACGACACUUUUUAGAUCCGUCAUUCUGACCAAUCAACGUGUAGGCGCUUAUCGCGUGACAUUGCUCGUAUCCGAUUGGUCCGCGUAAUGAGUACAGUUUCUCGAGAUAGCGUUUCUACAAUAGUAAUUUAGUUCAUAGUAUUGUUUUUUUCUUCUUCAUAAUGCCGUAAUUUAUUAUUAUAACUUAAAAAAAAAAUUACAAUUCCUUCACUAAUUAAUCGAAAGGAACUUCGUUCCAUCCGGGUGUCCCUUGACACCUCUGAAGUUUGUUUAUAUGUCAAUAGGUAAACGACUAUUGGGUUUAAGCAACAUUUUGCUUAAUAUUUUUUGUUUUAGUUUGCAAUAGAGCAUAUUCUCUAUCUCUGUCUAUCCAUUGACGAUGAAAACGAAACUUCUUAAAGUUAAUACUUAUAUCCAGGGGGUUCAAGCGGCAUUUCACUUACGUGCGACAUUUAUCUUUGUAAUUUAAGGUCCGUUUUAUUUGGUAUUAGCAUCAACAGUUCAAUGUUUUAAUCGAAUAUUAAUUAAGUUACUUCGAUCAAAUAGCUGAAGAAGUUUUUGUGUUACCAUAUUCUUUCUAUUAAAUUUAAAAUUUUGAAUGGUUCUCCUUUAAUGUCGCUUUAACCAAAUUGCACCUUUAAAACUGAAUUGCCUUAAUCCGAAAUUCUUGUUUUUUUGGUAAACGCCAAAAAUGUAAUUAGAGAAUUGUAAUUUGUACAGUUUCGAUUUUAAUACUUUAAGCCUUAAAGCGCAUACCUGAAAGUUUAAAGUAUGCGCUUAAUUUCAACGAGACGGAAAGUACACAUUGCUCUUUUCUCGGCUAAAAUUUAAAUUUAAUUUUGAAUUUUCAAAAACUUAAUUUUAUAAGCUUCUACAAUACAUGUCUGGAAGUCAGUAUGUCAAUGUAUGUAACUCAUUUUCUUAAAGUUUCUAGUUAAGCCACUUUAAUUCUAAGGGUGCGAAAUAAGCUUCCAUCUCGCGAUGUCAAAUCGAACACGCAAUUGUUGUAGCUUUUGAAAUAUAAUAGUUAAAAUUUCACAAUAAUAGUGACCGAAUGUAAGUUUUGCUUUAACUAACCUUUUACAGCUAAUUUUCACGUGGUUCUUUUUCUAAUGACGUCCGGUUGCCUGUUUUUGCGUAGAUAUUAUAAGUUUUUUUUUUUUUUGUAAAUUUUUUUAAAGGCGUAGAAUUCCAAAAAAUAUAUUAUGCAGAUCUCAGUGUGGCGCGAAAAACGUGCCUUAUAAAAAAAAGAUCUCCCAGAGUUUCGGUUUACAAAAUUUGGAAAGUGUUUUUUAUACAACCAUAUUUUAUAUUUAGGCGAACUGUGUUUACGUAAUGUUUAACAAAUAUUAAAAAAAAACAGUGUCAAUUAAGAAGCAAAGAAUAAUUCUACGUACAUAUAUUUUGUGGGUGUAAAAUCUUUUUUGUCUGGAAAUAUAUGUCUGUGAAAUGA